AAUCUUCUAAGUAUCCCGUCAAAACAUUUCUACUCAAUACCAAACUCUCGAGGAACACACCAUAGACACGUAUCAUCAUUGAAAAUUCGUAUUUAUGACGUCCUCGAGCCCUAUUGUGGAUUAUUCUGUUGCACGAUCCGUGCAGGCGGGCGAUAAGGUCCAGCAUCAUGUCGAACGCCUGAUGCAGUAUUUCGAUUUUGAGUCCAUUCCGACGAUAGUAACCAGCAAUUAGGCAAAUGUAAAAUUGGCAGAUGGCGGGCCGGAGAUAUUGGGUGAAGUCAAGGAAGCUUUCAAAAGAGAAUUCAAUGCGUCACUAAAGGUAGUUGUGAAAAGCAUCUCAUUCUCAACAAAGAUUAUGCACUGACUAGCUGAUGUAUUUUACAGAUUACCGAUAUCGUUGAUGCGUUAAUAAAUCCUCCCAUGAAGCCAUACUUUGUCUCGCGUGCCAUCCAAUUCGUGGUAUUUCAAAGCGGGUGGUCAGAAUUGGGAAGUAACUGUGUAGCCUUAAUACCGGUUGCUAUGACUGGCACUAUGGAUGCAGUUAUUGAUGAAAACAGGAGUCGACGCCGGACAACCCUUACUUUCAAGCUAAAUAUCGAGGUCUUGAUUAGCGGCGGAUGUUCAAUGUGCAUUCCGGAAAAAAGCAAGGUCGUGUGUGUCAUGCUCGGUGUAAGGAUUGGAGACGGUAAUUGAUGGAGACACAGACUGCAUUGAUUGAACUAUCUGCACAUAC